UUCGCAUCCUCUCAUCAUCCAUCCAUCCGUGAGACGUGCAUCCGCACGCGCGUCAGAAUGCCCGCUCCAAGUUUCAUGGGCAUUUACCCCGCAGACUCGGUGCAAGAGGUGCACUCGUCGCUGCCUCUUGACCCCUUGGGUCCAGGUGCGGCGGAUCUCCUAGCUGGGGACGUCGAGUUCCGCCUGCACUAUCUACUGCAGGAAGCGAAGAAGUUCAUGGUCCACGGAAAGCGCACGACCCUCAUGCCUGAGGACAUUGAACACGCAAUGGAGGCGCUGAACAUUGAGCCCGUCAUUGUGCCGCCACGCCCGCUGCCGCAGGCGCCCUUCCUGGCCGUUCCAGUGCCAUCAGGAACCAGCGGAGCGCAGCAGCAGCUUUACACGGUCGUCGACGACGAGAUUGACUUUGCAACCUACCUCAAGGAGCCACUACCGCCCGCCCUCGCCAACAGCGCAGGUGUCAAGUGGAAGGCGCACUGGCUCGCCGUUGAGGGUGUGCAGCCCGCCAUACCUGAAAAUCCCGCUCCUAGCUCCCGCGCCGGCCCCUCGCGCCUGCCCGCACCUACGACGGGCGCCGCGUCUCUUCGGCCUUCAGCAAAGCAGCAUCUGACUACGGAGCUGCAGCUCUACUUCUCGCGGCUGACCGCCGCGCUCAUUCCCACUCUUGCGCAGCUGCCCAACCUCCCCGGCAACUCCACACCGAGCGCGCCGCAGUACUCGUUCCCCGACGCCGAGCGACACCGUCUCGCCGCGCUCGCGAGCGUUCGGUCGGACGCGGCUGUGGCGGGCAUCCUCGCGUACCUCGUCCGCUGGGUGGCGGAGAGCAUUAACAAGACGCUCAUGGGUGCGACCGGCACGAUUGGGUGUCUCGUCGACGUUGUCGAGGCGAUUCUCGACAACGACGUGCUAUUCGUUGAGCCCUACUUGCACCAAUUCCUGGGCCCGCUCCUCUCCAUCCUCCUGACCGUGCCACUGGGCCCACAUCCUCCGCCAUCCGGGAUGACGCCUACAACUAUCGAGCUGCGCACGCGUGCAGCCGACGUGCUCGCCAAGCUCGUCACCCUAUACGCGAAUGGCUACCCCGGCCUGGUCCCGCGCCUUCUCUCGACCUUCAAGAAGGCUCUGACAUCCAGUCCCUUCCCCUCCCCCCUCGGCUCAGACUAUCCCCCGGCUGGGCGCUACGAAGGUGCGGUGCUCGGCAUCGGAGCCUGCGGGGCACACGCGGUGCGCGAAGCUAUCUGGGGCACCAACGGCGACGGACUGCGCUCGAUCAACGACCUCAUCGGUCUCCUAUAUCCGGGCGAGGGACGGAGAAACAAGGCGCCUCUCGUGCGUGCGACGAUGCGUGCCCUCCAACAGCUUACCACGCCGAAGCCGGAAGGCGCGACGGUGCCCCCGCCCGACUCGGCGGAAGUCGCGGAGGUGUUUGGACCGCACUUUGUGCGCGCGUUUGAGAAGCGGCCGUGGCAGGCACAGGAGCUCAUGCGCCUCCGCAAGGGCAGUAAUGGGGACGCUGCGGCCGUUCAGGCCGACGCUGCGGGCGAGGAGGACGAGGAGAUGGAGGAGGUGCAGGCGUAAGCCUGUCGUAUUAUUCUACCACGACAUGUAUUAGUGUCCAAAUU